AUGUCUGCAUCUGCUGCCGCUGUUCAAGUCUGUGAGCAGGCCACGUCGGACGCGCCUAGCAAAUGUUUAGCAGUUACGAAGCAUGAUCGAACACUGCCAACCACGCUUCGGGUGCAGCUUUGCCAGCGAGCCAGCUCCGAUUCACCGCAGCAAUGUUUUCGUUCGCUUCGUAAAUUUAUUAAUGCGCGGCGUAUGGAUAACUACGAUGCAGUGAUGACAUGCCAACAAGCCGAAUCGAUAGGACCCGCAGAAUGUGUGGCGGAACUGUUUCACGCGAUUGCCUCAGUAACGAGAAAGGUGGUCGCUCAGCUCUGCCAUGCAGCAAAAGACGUGGAGCCUGCUCGUUGUUUCGCCGCGUCUCCUACUUUCUACGACGAUGAACUGAAAGUGCUUCUUUGCAACCAGGCUGAAAGUGCAGCGCCAGCAUUAUGUGCGAAAUCUGUGGUUACUCGAUUUGCACAUCAGCCAUCUGCAAAAGUAUCAUUGUGUCGAGGUGCUACCACCGCCGCACCUGCAGCAUGUGCAAUGGAGGCUCCUUUUGGUAUGGAUGAAGAGAGCGUAGUUGAGCUAUGUCGUUCAGCAAAGAAUACGGCGCCUGCACAAUGUGCCCAAGAAGUCCUGACGUCUUUGAACGUGCCCUGGCAUCGAGUGGCUCAAGUUUGUGCAGGUGCCGCAUCAACAACCCCAGGACGUUGCUUGGCGCACUAUGUUCGGCAUUCUCGUUUGCAUUUUCGUGCUCUUGCUGACCAUCAAGUUGUAGUGGACUGUCGACAUGCUGUGGCACAGCCAUCAGCAUUAAGGAUUACUAAAGCUUCGUACGCUUGUCCUGAACUUCGACCAAAGUGCCCCUUGCAGAUUGUGGUGACCGUGCUGGAUCAAUACGGUGACCCCAUUGUCGACAACCGCUACGAUGACCAUGAUGCUGGUGUUGUUUAUAUGAACGCUGCAUUUACCGGGAGCUAUGACAAACAGCACGAGUACAUGCACAGCGGGUUGCCAGCACUACAAGGAUCGACUUAUGCCAAGAUCGUCAACGGAUCAGCGGUCUUCUCGAACCUGAUCUUCACUGAAGCCGGGGUAUUCACUUUUACGUUUCGUGCUGGAGAAGGUGUUUCGGACGAAGUUGCUCGGGUGGUCGUGCAUCCUGAUCUCACUGCCGAAGCAUUACAGAAUCGUUGUGAGAAGCUCUUUACACAUUUUCAGUGUAGCGCUGAGUCCGCUCCAACUCCGAAGCGUGACUACCAGCGCAAUGACAUUCAAAUGUUGCUGUUGCCAUGUGGGCUUCAGCUCAGUGCAGUCACAUGCGGUGAAUACUGGAUGGAGAAUAUCGGCGGCCUCGCCUUCAGAGGCUUCUCCGCUACCAAAUACGUGGUCUACGUCCUCCCACGCCCAUUCUACGACCUUUUCACGCACAAGCAUGGACAUCCCACGACCAGACGCCCGGUUAUCCGACGAGCCUAUCAUCAGCGAUCUUUGGAGUGGCAUCCAGACAAGUGGCACGCACUGGCGGCUUCGUUGCCUCCGAUAUGGCAACAGGAGCUUGGUGGAGUCUACGUCUUGAUCACGCAGGCGUACGACCAGCUCACUUCCAGCAAAAAAUUGGAAGGUACCAUGCAAGAGGCGCUGCUAGCGAUCCUUCGCGGCGUCCGCAAUGGCUCGUUCUACGGCACCAAGGUGCGCGCUCCGCACGCGUUAGUGAUGAUCUUCCUUUUCCAGAAAGGCUCCAUUCGCCAGAAGCUCCGUGGCGUCGUGCGUCUCACUUUCGAACACAGCAAGAACCUGGCUCUGUUCGUAGGUGUUUACAAGUCGGUGUUGGUGGUGUUGCGUGCGCAUCAAGAGCACGCGCUCGAGCGCCACGUUGGUACGGGUGUGGGCAAACCUGGGGCGCACUGGCACGCGGCCGUGGCCGGCGGUAUCGGCGGCUACUUAGUAUGGGGCCGCUACUCGAGUGUGAACUUUCAGAUCGUCAUGUACUUGAUGUCGCGAGUGCUCAUCAGCCUGGUGCGCAUGUUGGCGGCGAAGGGCUACCAGCCGUUCGCUCAGCACCGCUUCAAGCACGUAUAUCCUCUGCUGGCCACCGUGGUUUGGGCGAGCGUCAUGUGGCUCUACGAGAACGAACCGCACUCGCUACACCCAUCACUACUAAAGAGCAUGCAAUUUCUGUAUGACGAGUCAUGCCGCUGGAAGGACGGCCUCGUGGAGUUUCUUCCGUCGCCAGUCACGACCGCCGUCUUCUUGCUGACAUGGCUGCGCUUUUGAAAAAUCGACGGCUACUGAUCACAGUUUCGUCCCAGCUGCGAAGCGCUUUCCUACAGCAGCGACGAGUCUUCACGCACCCGUCGCACUGCUUGUUCCGGCGGAACUUCCGCCCUCUCUCGCCUCUCUUCGUCAGCUUUAACGCGACCCUAACUUCAAGCAAAUUAUAGUUGAUAUUUUGUUGGUGGAGCCUUGCACGAUAAAAAAGGGCAACCAACGUGUAUUAAUUUCGCAAAAGCAAGCAUCUUGAAGAUGUCUUUCAGUGUGAA